AUGAAAAGUGAGUUCUCUCGUAUCUCUAUCUCUUCAUACUUAAAGGCCUCUUUUUUCUUCCUUUCCUUGGUCUUUUAUCUAGUUAUGUGUACUACUUUGAUUCCUUUAGUCUUUCUUUAUCAUGAAAUUUUGACUUGGUUUAACUUUGAUAUGCGCAAAUUCAAAGUUCAUGUAGGUAAAUUAUGGCUAGUUAUCACUCAUUCUUUGAUUGCGAUUGCCGUGGGUGGAAAUGCCCAAGUUAUUUAUGAUAAGAGAAUAGCUGAAAAAAAGGAUGCUAAAUCUAUUCUCUUAUCUAAUCACAUUACUUAUUUAGACUGGAUCUUUAUCUGGUCAGCUUUGUUACAACUUAAGAAGCAGAACAUUAGGUUUGUAGCUAAGGAAGGAAUUGGCUCAAUCUUCUUCUUAGGAAUGGGUAUGCGAAUGUUGAACUUCAUUCUACUAAGUCGGGAAAUGAAGAAAGAUGCGCCUAAGAUUAAGGAAGCUUGUGAGUUGCUCAAUCAAGAAAAGCAAUUUAGUCUGGUUAUCUUCCCAGAAGGGACUUUUAUUGAUAAGGGAACAAAACAAAAAGACUUUACAUUCUUAGAUGAACAACAGAAACGGCGAUUAGAAAAAGAUCCCAAUUGUCCACCUAGUCUACCCGAUUGUGUCUCAGCAGUACAUAAGAAAGUUAUCUUUCCUCGAGUCAAAGGAUUCAAACUCUUUAUUGAUGAACUUCACACACAUUUAGAUUGCAUAAUCAAUUGCACACUUUAUAUCAAAUCUUUAGAUCCAACUAAGUAUCCAGCAGAGUACUAUACUCCAGAAGAGAUUUGUAAAGGACAUCGCCAAAAGAUGCCUAUUACUUUGAUUUUAGACUAUCUGCCUUUUGAAAAAGGAAUUGAAACUAAUUCCAAUACUUGGCUACACCAAAACUUCCAAGCCCGAGAUAAACUCUUACAAGAUCUUGAUAAUCUUACUGAGGCUCAGAUUUUCAAUUACCAUCGCACACACACUCCAGUUAAUUCAUCUUAUGAAACUUUAUUCCUUCGUUCUGAUCCCUACUCCACUAUUUUCCUUUCUUCCGGCGCCCUUCUGGUUCUUUCCCUACUACUUUUCACUCUCUACUUCGCCGGCACUAAACUCCUUUCCCUAUGCCGGCCCGCUUAA